AGUUUAGUGAGCAGACCAAGAUUGACGAACGACUUCAUCUUCCGGGAUAUGACAACAGGAGACCUACUGCGAGUUGCUCGCACUAACACGAGGAAUUACAAUGCAGUGGGAGAUUUUAUGAGGAGGACAUACUCGGUCUCAAAACUGCUACGCCCUUUCUUUUCAGAGAAUGAUGUUCCUCGGUUUGUUGCAGCGCAGCGCAAGUCUGGUACCAUGAUCAUUGGAUCCAUCGCUCUGUCCUAUUUCACUCGGGAUGCUUACAUCAACAGUGACUUGGAUUUACUUGUUAAUCGAGCAAACGCAGUCCAUAUGAGAGGGUUCUUGAUUUCAACGGGGUAUGCG